UUUUCUUGAUAUGGCAAGACUUUAAUCAUAUGACAGUGAGCCAUUAUUUUUCAUGCAAGAUGGGUGGAACAUCGUUAUUUUUUUGGAUUACCCUUGUUAUAUCAGUAAUUGGUUCUAACGCUGCAGGUGAAUUCAGCAUAUUGCACAGUCCCGAAUCGCUGAGAUUUUCGGGAUCUAGUAAAACGGAAGAAAGCCUUCUCAAAGAAAUAUUUUCUGCAAGUCUUGGCCUGUCUGUUGAGGAGAAUGCGGACUGGAAAGGCUUAACAAUAGUUGAUCCUUUCAACACUCCUGAAGCAGUUGUUGAAGUUUACAUUGAUGGAGUAUCUUCUCUUGGUGAUACUACUGGCCUGAAGACUAAGGAUUUCCCUCUAACUGUUGACGAAUAUGAGCCAGAUACGUACGAUGCUGUAAGGCACAGAAUUAAGCAGAGAUUUACAAAUGGAGGCAACAACUUGGUUAACAUCAGACUUUCCGAUCCGGAUGAUCUAGCUUCAGUAUCAAACGUGUUCGGUGAAAUUGUGCCACCCAAAUUUACCAAACAGACAUACCAAUAUUUGAAGGUCGAUAAAAAUACUGAGGAAGACUACUUAUUCCUCUAUGAACUAGAAGUAUUGAAAUCAUUGACUGCUAAGAUAAAGGCAGGUGCAGUGUCAGCAGACAACAUUAUUGAUUUUUACAAUAUCAGAUUCCGCUCCCUUCACAGUCUCUCCGACUUCCAUGGCCCUAAUUCCAUGCAAACUAAAGAAGCUAAAACCCUGUUGGCCCACGCCCUUCGGGAUCUGAGCAACGCGUUCGAGAAGGCGUACGUUGGCUCCGUGUUGGUAGUGGCCGUGACUACGGAUGUUGCUCACACCCGCCGUACAGUACGUGCCGCCCCAGAGUUCCGGGCCGACAACCUCUUCGAGGAUGACAACUACACAGCGGACUACGCUGCUAUCUUCAACAUCAUACUCUGGUUCAGUGUAGUGUUCGCAUUCGCUUUGGUGGCCAUCGUGUACGCGAUCAUGGAUAUGGACCCGGGCAGGGACUCCAUCAUCUACCGUAUGACCAGCACUCGGAUGAAGAAGGACAACUAAACUAUCCUUUUUCAUGAGACCUAGGGAUAGUUUACACGUUGUUCUAUUGUAUUACACCUAGGUCCUAAUAACAACUGACGGCAUCUUUGAAAUGUCGUAGUUAACAAACAUAGCAUAAAUAUUCUGACGUUAUGCCACGUUUAACAAGGUCUGUGGGGAUAAGCCCCAUUUACCUAUACAACCUACACCUGAAUAUGUGCAAUCCCUCAGGACCAUCAAUGACCUCUGAUAUCCCGCUAACUCAAAUAUAUAGGGUAGAACGUAUCUUAGAGAAUAAUCAACUUCGAAAAGUUCAACGUUUAUCAAAACUAUUGA